AUGUCUGGCUUACAGCAUCUCAUCGAUUUCGUGUUGAACGAAGUCGCGCUCUGCGGCGAUCAAGGAGCCCGCGUCUCAGAUGUCUUGCAAAGAAUCGAUGAAUUCUAUCAAACUCAAGAUCGGAACGCGGACCUCCCGAAGCAAAACAUCGAUCAUCAUUUCAAAAGGAAGAUCUGGUCCUGGCUCAUGAAAAAUCCAGAGGUGUCAGUGGGUGAAAAUAAUGAAUGGAACCACCUGACGCUCGACGAGGCGGAACAGACUUCGUCAAAGUCGACCGAUGACAAUGAAUCUAGCAGCAGUCACCUUCCAUCUUCAAUUCGCGUUUUCGUUUCAAAAGAAAGAACAUGGCUUGCUGUCGCCGGUCAUGCGCCAGACGACAGCAAAGUGGUGCCCCUUGAAUUCGCUUUACUGUCGAUCAUUGCCUCUCACAAGUCGAAGGGUAUUGCCCAACCAGACCUAGUGAAAAUCAGUGGCCAGGACAAGAGAUCUGUUCCUAAGCGCACGGAUGCCUUACAUCGAAAAGGCUACAUCGACAAGCGUCCCAUUCAAACAAAGUCCGCUCGAACCAGUCUUUGCACUUUACAACGGUUUUUAAAUCCAAAUGGAACGAUAUACCAACCACAAGAUGAAGACCACCCGGCAGGAGAGGAAGAACAGUCGAGUGAUAUGAUGAUCGAUUUCGACAGUUUCAACAGCAAGAUAUUCGACAUCCUUCGGGAGCAUCAGAUCAUUGCCCGUGAGGACCUGAAACGUAGAUUGGGGUUCAAAGAUAAAUGGCGAUGGAAGGUCUUGUCUCGUGCAAUCCGGAAGUGGGAGCGGAUUGGUGUUGUGAAGCGUGUCAGGGCGCAAUCGCAGUAUGACAGACUGCAUCCCUGCGUCAAGCUGGAGCGAGAGCCCACUGCAACGGACCUUGAUCUAUUCCACGAAUUUGACUUCGAAGUCCUGAGCAAGCACGGCGUGGAAAAAGCCGGAGCAGCGAUACCCACUGAUCGAGAUCAAGACGGAGGAGACCUUGAAACAUCAGCACAAGAGGAAAACGAUGUUGAUAUUGGCAAGGAACAGACCGUACCUUCUGGGCGGGUUGUUCCUACCUGGACUCCAGAUCGUAACCUCAACAAUCAAUUGUUCGAUGCCAUCAAUGAAACGGGCACUGCAGGCAUCACAAACAUGAAACUUAUGCGGGCCUGUUUUGGCCCUUUUUUCAAGAGGCCUGCAGAAAACCUGGUUCAUCGUUUGGUCGAUUUCUGGCAAGUGGCUCAACCACUCCACCUGCGCCAUUUUGCUGUUGUUCGCGAUAUGGCAAUGUCGAAGACGAUAAUGUUCUAUGUUCACUAUUCAGCGAGGAAUUUCGAAAAGAUCGUCGAAGGCGGAAACGCGUCAUGGGAGGCUGUUGAGUUUCCUGCAAAGAAAGCCAAGUCACUUAAAAUCAAGUUACCACCGUGGGGCGCUGUUCCUCAACUCGACGCUUAUGGGCUCCCUGCAAAUGCUGUCCCAAGCUCUCUGCUAAAAAAUCCCAAUUCCACCUUGCGUGAUGGGAUGGUCACUGUCAAACCGGCUGAUUACAAGUUAUCAUCGAGCGAUCCCUUUGUGGUUCGGCUUCCAGAUGGCCAAUAUGCGGUGCGGAGACGUCAGGACAAGCUUCCGGCAGGCACAGAGGCUGUACAUGUCCGCCCAAGGCCCACGGGGCCAACUUCCACGGGGCGUCCUAGAGGGAGACCAACCCUUGCGAUGAUGGCGCAGCGUGCCCGAGAAGCCGAAGGAGAAAAACCAGGCGCAAAUGUGGCCGAGGCACAAUCGCCUGAACCAAACAAGAUCGAGCUGCAAGGCGAGGACGAAGUCGAGGAGAUGCCACCGCCAAAGAGAGUCAGAAGGAAGCACCAAGAUCUGCGUGGAUUAUCCCGAAAGGAGAAACUCGAAGCACUUGGCAUGGAUGAGAAUUGGACUGAGUACAACGCUCUUCUGAUGGAGAAGCCCACUCCCGGUAUCUAUGUGACUCCCCAUGGCCGAAGAAGACCUGUUGGAAAAGCUCGCGGCCGUCCAAGGCAAAGUAGAAUUGCGGUUUUCAAGUCUCCAGAGCUGUCACAAUUCUCUUGGUUUGUCCAGGAUGAACAAGACUCAGACAAAGACAACGACAUGGAGAAUGAAAAGGCUACCCCUGGGCCAUCUUAUACGCCUAGGGGUGCAUCUGCCCCAAAAACACCAAGUCCAGCAAAGAGAAGUCGCCCAAACCAAAGCGUCGAAGCCCUUCCCUCAGCGUCAUCGGCUUCCCACCAAGAUGGCGUGAAAAUAGAAAGACCUUCGAAACGGCCAUGUCUUAGCAUACCUCAAGAGGAAGCCAGUGAAGAGACUAUGGAUACAAAUAUGGAUCCCGUUCCCGAGAUAACGAUCGCCACAACCCAGGAUGACCCUGAUGCAGCGACCACCACGCGCCCUCUUGACCAGAGCCUCAGUGUCCAUCCCCUUGAAGAGGAGCUUGCCCAAACACCAUCAAAGAGACGUCGCAUCGAUGCAUCCUCGCCAUCUAGGCCCACUGACGUGUCUCAUCCUCGCCCGAGCUCAGCGGCGUACUCGCACACUAAACAAGUUUCGACAGCACCUAGUCGUGCCAAGCCUCAGAUGACACUCUCUCGACGCAUCCCUCGAGGCCUUCGAGGCAGGGAUCUCACCAUAGAAGAGCAAAAGCUACUUGGAGCCCCAAGGCCCUUGAUCGAGAGAGGUGGAUCUGUCAGUCUUCUUCGUAAGAAAGUUCUCAUGGAAAUCAUGGACUUGGCAGGAGGCGCGUAUCCAGCUGGCGCAGUGAUCUGGUACCCAUUUGUCACGCUUUGGAUGAAGAAGGGGAACAAAGAGAAGCCGGACAUGAAGACGGUCAAAAAUGCCUGCAAACAACUUGUUGAUGCCGGGCACCUUCGACAAUUGACUUUCAGUGGAAGAGACAACAAGGGCUCUAUGGUCACGAAGACUUUGUUGAUCAAACCCGACAUGUCACCAGACCACCCAGUGGUAAAGGAGAUGCAAAAGAAGUUCUUAGCCAUGGAUUCUGCCGAGCCGCGGCCUGGAUUCUGUGACAACGUCGAAAUCGACCAUCUGUUGACACGAAGUAGCGGUCGACCACACGGCGACCCACCGCGACGCCAAAAGUUCACAUUCCCUGUCGAAAGAGGAGUUCAUUUCAAUUUACAGCAGAAACCCGCUUCCAUCCGCAACGAAGAGAAGAGAAAGACCGACUCAAUCCAGAAGAAGUUCUUGAAGGGCCUUCAUAUCAAACAACGGAUUGAAGAACGGCUUGCUGCCCAAAUUGCUGCUGCGGAACAGCAAGAGCGAGAGCUACCUGGAGUCAAACGGCUCAUGACACUUUCCCGUCCACCGGCUUUAGACACCCAUGCUAGCGGGCAAACUUCCAUCAUGCGGCCCUAUGUUAGUGCCAAAAAGCGUGAACCUCGCAGGCUUCGAAAUCCCAUCAUCCGUGCAAAUCGAAUGGCGAAACCAAUCUCUGCCAUUGGACCGUACGCUAUGUUGAUGAGGCCUCCACAGCACUUCCAUCUGGCCAGUGGUACAUUCUCUACAGGGUCCUGCUCGCUCAAGCGGAAAUCAAGAUACACACAGCCAAUUGUGAACGUUGGGGAGUCUGUCGGUGAGCUGAACAGACUGGCUCACGAGGGUCGAGGCUUGCUGCAUGGCUCAGAGUCGUUUGACCGGAGAGCUGACCAGAUCCUCAAAUGGGAACUUCAGCAUGGGCGUGUCUUCGAGAGAAAUCUCCAAGGCCAGCAAUACAUUGAUCAGACUGUCCAGGAUGAGUUUGAAACUGCGCCAAUUGACGGUGAUAUUCGGUUUGUGGCCGAAUUACACCCGCGCUCAAGGACUUUCGCGAGACCAUCUCCUCUCAAAGAUGUCGCGAGGCGUACUGAAGCACAGCUCGAGCACCAACCUAUCCAUGAGCCUACUGUGCCCCAAAUGGCCGAGCCUGUGGUAGUCGAAGCCAAGAAACGAAAGUCUAAGCAGCGAAGGGCGACUGCGCGUCCGAAUGUGGAUCGACGAUUGGCCAAACUUGAUGAAACUCCGAGUUCCAUUGCCACACCUGAGAAGGAAGUGCAACAAACGCCUCGCCAGCGCUUCCGCCGAUCCAGAUUUGUGCGUUCGCUGCCUGAUGAACUCGUUCGUGACAUCAUGGUUGCCAUCGUCGCCGUUCGUGUACUUGCAGGUGGCGCAGACUCUAGGGUUAUUGAUUGGCAGCUCGUGUCCAGAUCUUUCCCAGACCAAGACGCGGCCUUUAUUGACAGCCGGGCGCGUCAAAUUCUCAACAAAAAUCGUUUGCAAAUGACCAAAAUGCAACGAGACUUCCAAGAACGCUUCCUUGAGGCUUAUGCAAAUGACGAAGUUCCUCGGAUCGAUUACUUCGAUCUGGAGGGUUAUGACUGGCCUGCCAUCGUCAAGUGGGCAAACACUCGACUUGACUUUUCGCCGUCCGAACAAGUGCCAGAUCUUCCUGCUACCCGGGAACAAUUUGACAGUGUCUUUGAGUUGCGAGAGGAGCCUGUGACAGCAGGAGAUGAACUGUUCCAGUCUGUGCAUGGUGCUACCCUCAAUAAAAAGCGCAACUUGAUGGCUCAGAAUCCAUUCUCUAUACCCCUUGAGGACCCGAACCCCAGAUCCAGCAAACGGAAGGAAGAGUUGGAGCAGCUUGAGAAUGCAAAGACAUGGGUUCGUGCCAACAUCAUCACACCAGAAAAGACAUAUCGACCCAAUGAGGCCAAGGAUAUCCUCGCGCUAUUCGGGGAGCCGCUCAUUACGGAUGCAACACAGAUGUUGAUCAACGAGCGUGUGGUCAGUUGCACAAACCGUGGUCGCAUCGCGCCGGGUCGCAACUACGAUAUUUCAGAAAACUUCUUAACAACGCUGAGUCGCAAACGUGGCAUCGACAGCGUACAGCUCCGACAAGCCGCUGUGUUCAAGUGUACUGUUCUGGACCCCGAGCUGCAACAGACUGGUACUGCAGAUGUCAAGUACAGUGCAGACGAUGGUGAUAUUCUCGCUCUGAUCAACCUCUACGCCACAGGCCAUAUUAUCCUGCAACCCCACGACGCCCCUCGCAGCAAGUUCGGCCUCACAGACGGGGGAUAUCUCACCAGGCAAAUGGACAAGAGGCGCCUUCGAUUCCCCGUCAAGAUCAUCCCUACCGAGAGAUAUAUCACUGGAAAUCCAGUCAAAGACCAUGCGGCACUUGCUGUUCUCCCACCAGCUCCUUCGUCGUCAGGCCCAGGGCUUCCACCCAGGACACCACUUUGGUACGAUAUGAAUGGAGAACUAGAACCACAUCUUUGGAAUAUGGCCAUGGGCCCCAUCCUUGGAGGAUUGGUCAUGCGUCCUGGACUCAAUGCGCAAGUUCUUGCCAGCAUGAUCAAGCCCAUCAUGGGCGCAUGGGAAAUCGCAAUUAUUCUGCAGUGGAUGAAAGAAGUGGGUAUCGUCAAGCCCACCAGCGAAGAAGGGCCCGAAAGCUGCGGAUGGAGGCUGCAGGAAUCAUGGUGGAUGCUUUCAAGCUGA